AUGAGCGCAAGCGACGCCCUGUCCGCACUGAAGACGCUGUAUGACGUCGCAAACAAGGUCAAAGAUAACAAAGACGAGCUCAUUCGUCUUUCAAAAAGGAUCGAGCAUAUCGUCAAUACGAUUGAAGAGAGCAAGGAACGCGACGUCAUCCGUCCGGACGAAUACAACGAUGCACUGACCUCCAUCUCCAAUUUGAUCACCCGUACUCAGAAGGUCGCCCAAAGAUUGCUGAAGCGCAAUCUGGGCGAUCGUACAUGGAAUGUGUCCGAAAUAGUGAUGGAGCUUAGAAGGUUGAACGAAGACGUUCAUAGUUACCUGAGUGUACAUACGGUUCGGACCCUUGACCUUAUACACACUUCGAACGUUGAAAAGCAGGCUGUGCUCGCAAACAAUGUGGAAGAGGUUAUGAUCAAGGUGGCCGAGCUCGAUCUCUUCUUGCGGACUAGGAUUGGAGAUGGAUGGGCUCCGUCGAUACAAUUACAAGCGCAGGCCAACUUCAUCAAAUCCAGGGCAUUGACUCCACCACCUCCAAUCUUGCACGACGGACAUUUGUUCGAACGAUCCCUUCCAGGCGCUGAUUCUACAGAAGAGUCUCUUCUCCCGCCCCGUCUACCACCUUCCACUUUUGUGGAUACAUUUUCUCAGGAUACUCUUGUGCCUACAGCGGCGCAGUCGGAGCUGGACACAGUUAAUUUCAAGGAUUUAGUACAGUCGGGGAAAUUGACUGUCAAGGUCACAGGUCUAAAAUUGAGAAAUUCUAACGAUCUGUCUUCGAAUUCCUGCGAUCUCCAAGUCAAAGCGAACGCAUCUCAAGAUGAUAUAUGGGAUGCGAUCAAAAAUGCAGGUUUCCUUUCCCCGAAUCGCCUGUAUGAAGAGCCCGAACUGUGUAUUACCGUGACGGAUGGUAAUUCAGACUACGACGCGUCUUCUCCAGGGGGCCUCAAAGUUAACAGAUUCGAACCCCUUUUGUGGUGGUGGAAUAAAUAUACCUCGUACCAUGGAUUGGCCCCUACAACAACUCCAGGUCAUACAAUUGCCCAACUAAAAAACGAUCAUACAACGAUGCGGAAGACCGGCGUUGAUGUGGCCGGUGUGACCUUCCUCUUUCAUCGUACUCUCCGUGUACCAGAUACCGGUAUAAACAAGCUUCCAGCUAGUCUUGGGGUUUUCCCGCUUCUACCUGUGGAUAGCCUUUCCCGAAGCGUACCUUCCAUAUUGAGAAAUAGAGGGGGUUUUCUGAUGCCCAUGUUCAGGCGGGAAGCAAUGUGGGUGGCGUUCAGCCAAUCCGAAACCACAGGAGCAGGAGCUGCCGUGAAAAUAUCUGUUGGAGGGGUGAAUGCACUUUCUGGCAUAUCCACCAGCUCUCUAGAACCUCCCAAGUUUCGUGCCGGACAGGAUUACAUCGUAGCGGGAAAGCAGCCAUGGCUUGAUGGCAUAGUUUCGGGAUCAGGGGUCGUUCGUCAGUUCGUUGCUGCUGACCUUGGCUCAGGCUAUACAGUAGAAGAACAAGUUACUGGCAAGGCAGAAUUUGGCGGCUUCCAGUUUGACAUCUUUCCACGUCGCCCAGGGGUCGAUGGGAGGUUCGCCAAUCAUGCAGGGCAAGAACUUGAAAGCAUUUCUUCCCCUUCAGAGCUCAAAUUGUUGAAUGGUAACCAACUCAUUCUGAAACGUCCACGGGAUUCAACUAGGUUUGAGCCCCGAAAUGAGUGGUCUUUGGCCGACUAUAAACGUCGAGUGUCCCCCACCGCCACGAUUGAGGCUUGGUAUGAACCCUCUAGGUCAGCUACCGGAGUGUUUUCUUCGAAUGCGCGGGACUUCGAAUUCUGCACUGUAUCAGGGGGGUCACUCAUCAUAUCAGAUAACUCAUUCCGCCUUGGCUUUGCGGCCGGCGGGCAAAUAGCGCAGAAAAUAUAUAAAGACGAAAAUUCGCCCAGGGUGUACGAUGAGCAACACGGGCAUCGCUUUCAUGUGCAUGUCGUAACUCCUGAAUUGUGGGAGACCAUUACAGGCAUUCUCCCUCCAAUCACACCCAUCACUCGCGAUAUGUACACCCGGAGAGGCGUCAACUGGUACACAAUUUUCGAUGAUUACGUGGAUAGCAUAACCACUGUAUCAGAAGCGCUCAGCAACGUCCUCUCCGUCACACAACUUGAUGGGCUAAACUUGGCAUCACCUGCUGAGAGUCAGUCGGAAAAUUUAAUUGACCCCGAUGUGCCCCCUGGUUGUUCUCUUCACCCCAAUGCAAUGUCAUCAUGCGUGUUUAGGCCCUGCGGUCACCUCGCAUGCACAAACUGUCUAGGCUCGGCGAUGCUUGCUGGAUCCAAGUGUUCGAAGUGCCGAGUUGGGGUUGAGAAAUUUGUAGGGAUGCAGACACCGCUGCCUGUCAUCUCUCAAAACACAGAAAGCAUACAUCAAGCAGGAGAAUGGUCUGUGAAGGAGACCGAAAGGCUCGCUGCAACUGCAGCUGAUUCCAAUACGGUGAUAAUUAUCCACCAUCUCCAAAAUAGGCCAUCACCGCUUUACUCAUUGGGUACCCUGAAUACGAGGAAGAGGGCAAAGGAAUUAUGA